UAACUAUUCUUAUAGCGUUGUUGGAAACACAGUAUUUCAGGUUUACUACCUCACCGAUCGUCACGAGUGUGGAAAUGGACUAUUUCAACUGGAACAUAUCGUACCCCGCCAUCACGCUGUGCCCGAUGUACAAAAUAGAAGACGACGACCUGAAUGAACUGGUCAACGAAACAAUGGAAAGCACGGGCGAAUACAUAGACACGCAGCUGAGAGUGAUCACUAGCAUCUCCUACGACACAGCAGACAUAGUGGAUUUUGAUAACUUGGAUGUUACUUCGGUUAUAGUUCCAUCCGAUUACGGAAUGCUAGCGGCCAUGAUGUUCAAGAAGUUCGACAACAAUUCCCUGACCACGAGCACCAACUGGCCCAUCUCUGUGGAAAUCUCUAUGACCGAAAUGGGAAUGUGCCACGUCAUCAACUCCAAUGUCGCACAACUUGAUAAUCCUCUCAAAUGGACAACCGCUAAAUAUGCAAAAAACAAUAUUGACCUUUCGGUACAUGAACGGGAUUUCUUCGUUCAGUUAGUAAAUUAUGCAGAUGUGUAUAAGAUUUACAUUCAUAGCCCAAAUGAACUGAUACAAACUACUACGCCAUCUUAUACUUCGAAAUUGAAUAAUUACAUAGACUUCGGGGUGAAAGUGUGGAGCACGCGAAUAUCUCAUCGACUAGCAAAAUAUCCUUUGAGCGUGAGAAAAUGCAGGCGAGUUUCUGAAUGA